UUACGAAAAUCAACCCGACCCGUCAAAACAAAACAAAAAACCCGACCCAACAACAGCAACAGAACCGCCAUUUUUUCCGGCGACCAGAAUGGCAACAGGACGACCAAGAACCGUCGGACUCGGCGCCCUCCGCCGUCAAUCCCUCCGGGCUUACAACGAGCCGUUCACUCCUAAUGUUGUAGAAAAAGAUGAAAACGAAGCCCACAUUCUCCGGCUCGAACUUCCUGAUUUCAACGAGCAACAUGUUAAGGUUAAAGUGGAAGAAGGGGCACGGACGGUGGUGGUGACCGGAGAUCGGCUUCUCGCAACUAACAGAUUGCUCAUAUUGAAUAAAACGUAUCCAAUCCCACAAGAUUGCUCAAUCGACAAAGUUCAUCAUAAAUUAGAGGCUGGAUUUCUCACCAUUACAAUGCCCAAACAAACUGCGCCACCGGCGGCGGUGGCCACGGCGGCGCCCAAGGAUCCAGAACAAACAACCCCAGAAAAGGGGAGUGGAGAAACCACGCCGGAAAACGCUACUCCGCCGCAGAAAGAACCAGAGCAAAAAACCCCAGAAAAGGGGAGUGAAGAAACCUCGCCGGAAAAUGCUUCUCCGCCGCAGAAAGAACCAGAACAAAUAACCCCAGAAAAGGGGAGUGAAGAAACCUCGCCGGGAAAUGCUUCUCCGCCGCUCAAAGAACCAGAACAAGCAAGCCUAAAAAAGGGGAGUGAAGAAACCUCGCCGGGAAAUGCUACUCCACCGCCGAAAGGACCAAAACAGACGAGCCUAGAAAAGGGGAGUGAAGAAACCUCGCCGGGAAACGCUACUCCGCCGCCCAAAGAACCAGAACAAACAACCCCGAAAAAGGAGAGUGAGGAAAUCUCGCCGGAGGAGGAAGAUAAGGGAAAAUCUGCAGAACUCCAAAAGAAGGGCUCAGUGAAGGCUGAAGAAGAAGCUCCAACACCGGCGCCGACGGAGGUGCCACCGCCUGCGGCAGCUAAAAAUGGGCCGGUACAAGGAGAAUCCGGCAAGGAGAAAACGCCACCGGAUGAGAAAAUCAACAACCCAAAUCAGAAACCAACAGAGAAAGGAAAUCAAAAUCCAGAAAAGGGGAAGGAAUCAAAAACAGAGGAAGUGGGUAAGAAUGAAAAAACCGGCAAGAUCGGCACCGGAACUCCAUCUCAGAAAGCGACAACUGGUAAGAAAUAUGCCACCGGCUUCACGAACACAAGGAGGGUCUUACCGGUGACGGCGAGUGUCGCGGCGGCGGUUGUGACAGUAGCGGCCGCAUAUUUAGCAUUUGCAUAUUACGGAUUUUCGUUCGCUAUGGAAUGAAGCUGAAAUUCGCAAUGGCUUCAAAAGAAUAAACAAAACUUUAAAUAAUUUUUCUAA